GGAGCAGAUUUGUCUAAUGUCCUGCAGCUUAGAAACGUUUGUUUGUACGUGUUAUCCUAUCUGGGUUUUUUCAGAUCUGAGGAGGUUCGUAAUAUUAGAAUGAGUCAUAUUCGUUUUUUAAGAAGGGUUCAUGACUGUCAAAGUAGACAAAAGCAAGAUUGAUCAGCUUAGACAAGGUGACGAAGUGGUUAUUGCUCAAUCUGAGGGGAAUGUUUGCCCAGUUUUCUUACUCAAAGAGAAUGUGAAGAAAUUA